CAGCAUAAUUUAGGCAUUGGAGGAGCUGUCGUUGUAACACUUUACAAGAUGGGUUUUCCUGAAGCUGCCAGAACUCAUCAAAUUGAGGCUGUUCCAGCCAGCUCUGCAGUUGAUGGAUUUAAGGCAAAUCUUGUCUUUAAACAAAUUGAGAAGAAGCUUGAAGAGGAAGGGGAACAAUUUGUGAAGAAAAUUGGCGGUAUUUUUGCCUUCAAAGUGAAGGAUGGCCCUGAGGGUAAAGAAGCCAGCUGGGUGGUGGAUGUGAAGAACGGCAAAGGAUCAGUGCUGCCUAACUCAGAUAAGAAGGCUGACUGCACAAUCACAAUGGCUGACUCGGACUUACUAGCUUUAAUGACUGGUAAAAUUAAUCCUCAGACGGCCUACUUUCAAGGCAAAUUGAAAAUCACUGGCAACAUGGGUCUGGCUAUGAAGUUACAAAAUUUUCAACUUCAGCCAGACAAAGCUAAGCUGUGAAGAACUCCCCUUGGCUACUUUUGAAAAUCAAGAUGAGAUAUAUAGAAAUAUAUUCCUAUAUUUCAUUGUCAGAAAUUAGACUGAAAGUACACAUUGGCAAAUAGCAUAAGAUAGAUUUGUUUUUUAAUGGGUGUGACCAGUCUUGUUUUUCCCUAGCUUUGGGUGAAUAGAACCUAAUGGUAUACCACUGCUUUGCUGAAUUGCAUACAACUGUGCAUUGCAAAGUUAAUAUGGUAAUUAUGGUUUGGGGUAAAAUUGAGUUUCAGAAUAAAAUUAGGAACAGUUAAAUCCAAAAACUAUGUAAACAAAAGCUCUCAUUUUGCUUAUAAAGUGUAUCUAAGGAUUAUUCUCCUGAAGAUUCAAUUUAAGAGUUUUCCUUGAGAGAAUUAGGGAAGAAACAAUUCCAGUAGUUGAUCGGU